UCUUCUGUCCAACAUCACGCUGCUGCGCGAAGAUAUGAUGUCACUUCCUUGGGACCCUACAGAGAGGGACAACAUGGCGAACAAACAACGUGGGGAAGGCACCUCUGUGGAGAAAAAGGCAGAAAAUAAAAAAGGUGCCGAUGAUUUCAAUUUGGCGCUGGAUUCUAGCGACGAUGAGGCACCGGAAGAAGUAACCUUUGAGGACUCGAAGGCCCGGGCCGUGGAGAGCCUGAAGCUGGCGCUGGACACGGCCAGAAGAGAGAAGGAGCUGCUGAAGGAGAAAAGGAGGAAGAGACAAGAGUUUUUCCAGGAACAGAAGAAGAAGAAACUCCUCUCAGCCGACCUGUUGGAGGAAAUCGACUCGGUUCCUUCAAAGAAACAGAAACAGGCUGAGGAUAAAGAUGAAGAGGAAGAGAAGAAGAAGAGGAAGACAAAGAAACCCACAGGAGUCAGAAACCUGAAGGGGAGCUACACGGUUUCCACGGUGACGGAUCGAGGGCAGAGCGACUACCAGCGGCAGGCGGCGGAGGAUUUCAUCCAGUCCAGAUUGUACGGACCGGGAAGCUGCAGGAGCUCCAAUAACGAGAUGCUGUCCCUGCAGAACAAGACGAGGGCGGAUAAGAGUGCAGCCGUGCAGUUUGUUAAAAAGGACUGGGCCUGUAAGGAGAAAGCUAAAGCAGAGAAGCUGAAGAAGAGGUGGAUCCACAAGCAGCAGAUUCUCACCAGCUGACCGGAACGUCAGGAUUGAAACCGCAGUGACUCAUCCAACAUGGCCGCCGUGACUCAUCCAACAUGGCCGCCGUCAGAAAGCUGGAGGAAGAAUCUGCUGGAGCUUCUUCACCUGAACUGAAAGUUUCAGAAAAACAAACCUGGAUGGACUUUAAGCCUCGUUUCCAGACCGGAAGCUUCACAUGGAGAAAUGCUCUAAUGGUUCUGCUUAUGACAUGUAAAUAUUUUUUAACAAUAAAGGUGAACUUUAUACUUUAUAAAAAUCAAAGUUUUUAAUCCAUGGAAAAUAUUUAUUGUCCUUGCUGGUCAGUGCUUUACAUAUUCCUGCUGGUUCUAUAAACCAAAGUACUUGUUGCUUUAAAUCUUCCAGGGGUAUGAAUAAUUUUGAACUCAUCUGUUUUUUUCAUUCUAGCAUUGAUCCACACAAUUGAUGUUAGCGUGUCACAAUAAUCAAUUAAUCACCUGAUAAAUUAAAAUGAUAAAUCAAUCAUUUCCAUUAUGAGUUGUUUUAUAAGAGCCAUUUUGUUUACAGAAUCAUAAUCUAUUUUUUUUAUGCUUUCAGUUGUAAGUUUAUUUUAUUUCUUUUGUUUUUGGUUGUAAUAUUUUGCAGCGUUCAGAGUCUGAGUGAACUUACAUUAUGUAAUUAUCAAUAUGUUACUUGAAAAUGGUUUCAAAACAUGAAUAUAGUUUAUCACGAUCAUUUCAGGGACAAUUUUAUUCUGCCAUCGUUAUCAUUUAAGAAAUUGUUCUGGGUUAUUGCAACUAAUUCAUAAAGUUUUGUAGUUUAUUAAAAAUUGGUUCAAAAAGUUUGAAAAACUUGGAAUCUUGUAGCAGCAGCAACAUUUUUUAAAAUAUUAACCUUCAGCAUGAAAGUUAGAAAACUGUACAGGAGAAAAUUAAUAUUUCCUCUUGAAAAAGUCCAUCCAUCAGUUUGAGCAUAAAUCAUCUGUCAGUCCAAACAUCAUCGAUACACAGACAGAUUUAUAAAAUAUGUUUUAGCAUUGUAGCUUAAAUGUCUGUUAGCUUCAUGCUAACUGAGCAACAACUAAGAUUUCUGGCAACGCAGCAAUUCAAAGAAUCUUCGAAGGAAAAAAAACAAAAUUUCAACAAGUGAGUUUUUCUGUAGUAUUUUCAGAAGAGCAACAUUUCCGUUAAAAUCAUUUCUGUCUGAUUUCAUUAUGCAAAGCUUCAUAAAGGGAUUUUUCUGGAUUAUUUCUGGGAUUAAAAAGUUCUCACUUCCAGCCUCAUGCAGCAUCCACACAAGUUGCUCUCAUCAUCAUCAUCAUCAUCAUGGUUGUUUUUAAUAUAAAUCUUUUCACCCUCACACAAAUUGCACAUUUUUUAAUCAUCUCCAAUGGACACACAGUCAGCAGUGGACAACUUACUGGUUGACAUCUUCCUGGCUAAAAGGAGGAGAACCGAAAGAAAGGAGACAUCUAGCUGGAUCUUACCACCACUUUACUAUGGCAUGCAUAGGUUCAGACCUUACUCAGAAAGAGACAACAGACACUUCGUCUAAAGAUUUCUUUUUUUUUUCUGACUGCUUCUGAGCUGCAAAAAAUAAGGAUAAAAAAAGAGGAAAACAGAAGAUGAUACAGAACAGAUUAGUUCCACCUGGACGAGUUCUGGGAACCAGACGGAUUAAAACACAGCGGAGCCGUUUCCUUCCAGAACCGAUUGGUUUAGUCGCUGGACGCUCGGGCGACCCGUCGGGUUUUAGAAACGGUUUCUUUUCCUGCUCCUGUUGUUUUCAGAACAUGACACUGCCACCACCGUGCUUUCCAGUCGGUUAAAUCUCAUCACUGCGGUCAGAAACUGGAUGUUCGAUUCAAAGAGAUGGUUUCGUUUUUCUGGAGCUGCUGCUUCUAUAUAAAGGUUCAUCUAGAUCUACGCUGACUUGGACCAGGAGCUGAUAAAUUCAGAUGUUUAUGAUCAGAUUCUUCAAUCUGCAGUUUUAAAACCUCAAAGAUAAAAUAUCAUCCUUCGUGAAUUUCCUUUGGAUUUGCUUCAGCUGUCAGCCCUGAGAUCUGUACUUUGGAGCAGGAUUAAGAGAAACUUUAUUCAUAUUUUCAUUGUUUUUAUGAUUUUGUUAAAUAUUCAGAAUAAACACAAACAGAAGAAACUGAUACAUUUAAUUUAAUGUUGGUUUAUGUUGAGAUGCACCUUCAGUAAACUAAAAACUGAAUUAUCCGUUCAUGUCGCUCGGCCUCUUGUUAAUUUAUCAAAGCUUUAUGUAUUUAAUCAUCAUAUAUUCGUUAAUUUCUCUCGAGUGUUAAAGAUUUAAUCAAUGCUGGAGCAAAAAAAUGAUCAAAAAGCUCAAAUAUCACAUUUGACUUAAUUAUUUUAUCUUCCAUUCUGUUUUGGUUGCUUAUGGUUCUGAUCCGUUUGGCUCUGUUGACUUUAGCUCAGCGUUCAUCUUUGGUCAAACCAUAAAAUUUGAUGAAUCUAUCUGAAGUAUUUCUGAGUUUUUCCCCAUAAAUGAAUCCAGACCUGGAGAGUGAACUUCUUCCAAACAUCUACAGGAUCUAAAAACGCUAAAAAAAUCCAAAGUUUGCAUCAUUUCUCUUCCUACAUUUCACUCUUCAGUCUCAAACUUUAAUUAUUAAUGUUUAACUUUCUCUUUGUUCCUUAUUUUAAUCAAAGUUGUUAUGGAUGAAUUUAAACAGCAUCAAACCAUGAAAAUGAUUCAUUUUAUUAAAUUUCUCCAAUCUGCUAUCAAAACAUUGAAGAAGAAAAAAGUUCAGAUUUUAGAAACUAAACAGUAACUAAUGUUGACGGUGCAGAACCAUCAAACUGUCAGAGGUUGGAAAUAAAUUCAGGAUGUUUAAAAGAUGAAAAACUGAUUUAAAACCAAAAAGUUUCUCAUUUGAGCAACAUAUUAAAAUUGACAUGAAGCGUUUUGUCUGAAAACUAAAUUUAAAGUUUAAAUUUAAACAUGAUUGUUAUUAGAAAUAUAAUAAUCAGGAUGAACACAGACUCUGGUUUGAGGUUUAUUAAAUAAAUGUAAUAAUUAUUACUUUGUAACAAUGUAAUAAUUAUUACAUUACAAAGAGCUAAUUGGCACAAAAUGUAAUGGUUCCUAUGAUUUUAUUCCAUUCUGCAUUAAUUACUUAAUGCAGUUUUAGUGACAUUUUAUUAGAUUUGAGCCAACAUCUGUUACAUUGCUACAUUGUGGCCAUUUAUGUUGAAUUUUAUCUAGUUUUUAUUUUAGGCAGUUGGAAAAUACUUAAGUUAGUUUGGGACCAAAAUCUGUAAUUAAUUUUUAUAUUUGGAAUUGUGUAGAUUAUUUUUUAUAACUUCCAGAUCCUCCUAAUUAUUUAAGAGAUUAAGAAAACAACUAGCUGCAGCUCUAGAAGGAUUUUUAAAAAUAAUUUCUUUUAACUUGUAAAAUCAGAUUAAGUUAACUUUCGUUUAAGGUUUCAAGAGAUUUUUAGUUAUUGUUUUCUCUACAGUUUUGCAUAUUUUUCAAACAAUCACGAUGGAAGUGAGCUCUUUUUGGAAAUAAUGUGGAACUUAAAGUCCGUUAAAGAGUAAUCCUGCCUGGGAGUACAGGCCUCAGGUCUGUGGGUUCUGAUCCAAACCGGGUUCUGAUCCAAACCGGGUUCAUGUGUACGGAUAUGAGGCACACAUCAGCUGAUUGGUUGGAAGAGAAACUAAACGCCACUCUGGCUCCUGAGUUCUUUGGGGUCAAAAAGCAGAAAAUAAACCAGGAAAACAAACGAUGGCUUUAAACAGCUUCACAGCCGAGAGCGCUGGGCCUGACGUAGUCGUCCCUUUACUGCCUGCUCAGAAACCCUGGAGCCAAACUGGACACAACCAGCCUGCUUCAGGGGUCUGCUGGUGUCAGGAAAAGUAUUAAAGGUUUCUCUCUCUUUUUUAUUAUUUUGGUAACUAAAUAUGUCGCUCUAUUGAUAUAUUUCCACUUUGUAAUAUAGAAACGUUUACAUGUACACACGCUGGUCACUGGGGAGUCGGUGGAAUCGGGACCUUUAUUAUAAUAAGUCGGUGGAACUCGCUCUGGCUGGCGCUCAACAAAUAUACUGUGAAUGCAAGUAACAAUAAUUAUAAUGAUAAUUAGAAUAAUAAUAAUCAUCAUCAUUAUGGUCUGCACCAUGCCUUGUAAACCUGGAAAACAAACAAACUAAAACCAAAACAAGAGGCGGCAGGUGACCCCUCCUCCACAGCGCCCCCUACCCACAAACUGCUCAAAAAAAAAAAAAAAAAAAAAA